AUGAGGCAACAGUUGUAUACAUUCAAUAGGGUUUCAAAUUCUAUAUUUGCUUUCGCCCGCGAUGGAGGACUUCCCUAUUCGAAUUGGAUCUGCUACGUUUCACCCAACAAACUCAUCUCAGUGAAUGUCAUUAUACUCACCUGGAUCAUUGGCACUAUCAUUGCCCUUAUUCCACUUGAGUUUACGGUUGCCUUUCUGAAUAUCCUGGCAAUCUCCGCAGCAGGACUGAUGUCCUUGUAUAUCUUGUGUAUCUUGUGUAUUCUUGCUCGUCUCUGCAACCGCGACUUCGGCCCCUCGCCCUACGGCAACCUCUCGCAUCCACCAUCUUUUUACUCUGGCCAUACCCCCGGGAAUGUCCUCAAUGUUGUGGCAAUCAUGUUUCUCACUUGUUUUCUGGUUGCCGCAUGCUCCCCAAGUGCUCCGAGUCCAACACCAGACGCGAUGGCUUGGGCCUCUGCAGCUCCAGGAGGCACUGUUAUCAUCGCACUCGUGGCGUAUGUGUUUCGAGGGAGGAAAUCCCUGGGUCCAGAUGUUAAGAGGGUAUUUGAUGAGCUGGAGACGACCACUGUCCCUGUCCAGGAGAAAAAAUUGUAA